AUGGCGCUCCUCAAUCCGACCUUCAUCUUUGGCGUCGUCGUUCUUCUCUACCUGUCCUCUUUCAUUCUCUUCGCCGUCAUCCGAAUCAUCACCGGCGUCUCGAUACAGCGAAUCGGCUACUUCUCCCUCCGACGACUCGCCUACACCUUUAAGGAUGGCUUCAAGGUUGAGAUCCGAGGCUUGGGCCUGACCAUCCACCGACCUACAUUUUCCCAACCAACAUGGCUGAGCAUCGUCAUCAGCGAGCUGUCUGUGACCAUUGACGUCAGAGAACUCGAGGGAAAACGGGCCGAGGAGAGCUCAGCCGACGAGACCGACGCGCAAUCGGACGACUCUCCGUCGAAGCCUUUGCUCAACCUUCCCAAGCUACGACGGAACGGUGCGUCGAGCACGAGGAGCCAGACAUGGAAACACUUGAUGAAAUUGAAGGACCGCGUCAAGCGCAUCCAUCGUCAGGUGAAAUGGCUGCGCAUGGUAGACGUCGUGGCCACCAAUUCGACGAUCAAUAUUGUGGAUGUGGGCAAUAUCCAAUGCGGCAGCAUCACCAUCGCCGUGGACACCCGCAGGAAGAUGGUGGACCGCGCCCGAUUCUUCUUCCAGUUCAGGACCGACCGGCAAAAGAAGCAACGGCAGGCUGAAUGGAUCAUGACUCUCAGGAGCGUACUCUUCACAGCGGAGGGAAACGAGUCGCUGGAGAUCCUAGACUACGCUACGCUCAACAUUCACGGCUUCCUGUACGAGGCUCUGGACGGUCUGAGAGACGCAUCCAUUGCCCUCAAGCUGAACCGCAUCCACAUUCCCUACGACGACGUUCAACUUUGCGUCCAGCGUUUCAAGCGCUGCAGAACCCAGAGAUCGCCUUCUUUCGGUCUGCAUGAGUCGCCUGAUCUCUUUGCCGGUAAGGCCGAGCGCGAAUCCACCGACCCGGGUCUCACAGAGGAAGAUAUCAUGCAGACGGUGUCCGACUCGAAGGAAUUCGUCAGCUCGAUUCUCAGAGGCGUCAAGGAAGUUCAGUUCGCCGUUAGUUUUGUUGGAUUGACAAAAAAGGUCGACACUGUCAAGCCAAACGCUGCGCCAGUUUUGCUCAAUGCUUCCAUGAAGGAGGUCGGUGUAGAUCUUCAUCGGCUGGAUCCGAAAUCACCAGCCCACAGAAUGUACUUCCCAUCCAAGGAUAUUGCACAUGAAGCCCUGGCGGCGGCUCUGUCCAUAUCAAUCGGACUCGACGAUGGCCAUGGAAAGCCGGAACGCCUGAUUUACAUUCCCAUGACGACAACCACAGUCAAAACGACCUUGCCAUCGAAAACGGUCGAGCUGGCCCGGGAUGACACGGCGCAAGACAAAAACGCGAAUAUUCUUUUCGCAAACUCCGUCAUCACAUCACCAUCUGUCGACAUCGACCCUCGACAUUUGCCGCUGUUGAUUGCCAUUCUUCAGCCUCAAACACCAAAGAGGCCUAAGACCCAUAGGAUGGGACAGCAGCCAGGUCAUGUGCUGAUUUCGAGGCUUCUGCCAAAGGCGAACAUUAAGUUCACAAUGCACGAGCCGGUCGUCAGGAUAGCGCUGCCACCUGUGGACAAGGCUGCCGCAGACGACGACUUUGACCUCAUCAUCUCCCACAUCUCGUCCAUAUCCAUGGAUAUGGAAUCCUCCCACUCAGCUUUACAAGAGCUUCACUAUUCCCUUGCGUCCUCCAUGCGACUGCAAUCUCAUCACCUGUACUAUCAAACCUCCAACGGAGAGCGCUUCAACCUUGUUGACACGGAGAGCUUUGAUCUAAAGGUACAGCUCAGUGCCGCGCCAGAUGUCCACGUUGUGGCUUCAGGCAGCAUUGACACUUUUGCUAUCAAGAUGGUGCGUCCUGAAAUCACCGACGGUCUCAGGCAAAUCUUCCGACAACUCCGACUUAAUGUUGAGCCGAAGAAGCGCGUCGUCUCCAAGACGCUUCGAAAUCAAAACUUUCUCCGUGGCAUGCCAGACUGGCUCUUGCAGUUCCAGAUGCAGGCUACUGACGUGAGUCUCGAAGUCGCCGGCAUUGAUGAGGAAAUAUCAGAAGACACCCGCGGUGUGUCGCUCCAACUAGACUCGUUCACGUCCGAGUAUAGAGCACAACGACUGGACGGGCUGCAGCGGCGCCCCUCUCGUCGGCGAGCUCAUAGCCGUACCGUUGCGCCUGAUGCAGAUCUCCUGAAGGCACCCCUUUCACCACGCAAGAAACAGCAAAAUGCGGGCGAUGGAAGGCGUGUCGCCUUGCACGUUCGAGGCCUUGAGGCAUACAUUGUGGAGGCCGCGGAUCGUGUUGAAGCUGAGCCGUUUGUCAACAUGCCUCGGUUUGAGGUUGCCUUCUCAACGUCAAGCGAUCAGCAAGGCCCCAUUUUCCACAUUCAUGCAAGUGUUCGCACGAUUCUGCUGCAAUACUCUCUGUACCGUCAUUACUCGGUUGCCGUGGCCGGAAUGGUUCUGCGCAAAGCAUUUGUAAAGACGAGAUCGGACACUACUCCCCUGAGAUCACCGCCAGGCUCCAGAGCCAGUCUCUCUGGCGACCUUCUCGUUCCGCCCGGUUCUCCCGAGAUGCCAAUGGACUUUAGUGACAUGUCGACCAUCACGCAAGAGCUCGUUACAGUCGACUUCAAGGCAGCCAUGAUUCAGGUCAAGGCAGAUAUGCCCCAUGACCCGAGGCUGUUGCUUCAGAUUUACGGAGUCGAGGCUGGCCGCCACAGGUGGUCUGCACCAUUCUUAAUUUAUAAUCAGAUUCGCUUGUGUGUCCAGCUACCGCGCAUUCGCGGCGUCUGGGCCAGGCUGCUGUGCAUCAAAGGAGGUCGGAUCGAUCACCGGAUAUCGAGGCGCAAAACGUCAUCGGGCGCUUUCCAAGAGGAACGAAUGUUCGAUAUUGCUGCAGACGCAACUCGUUUCGCGGUUCCACAUGAAGUCAUUGUCAGCAAGAUCUCUGACAACAUCACCAAUGUGUACAAGUCAGUGCUACAACUACACCACCGCUUCAAGACAGGUACGAACGAGUACAUAUUAGACAAGCAGCCUGAGGCCCCCAAAAACGUCCCCAAAGUCUCAAUUCGGACCAAGACCUUCUUGUUUGAGCUUGAGGAUGGUGCCUUCGAAUGGAACCUCGGUAUGAUCUACCGUGCAGGUCGUGUAGAGCAGAUGCAAAGGCUUGCCCGGGAGGAGGCCUUCGAACUCAAGCGCAAGAAAAUCCGCGAGGAAGAGUCGCGCAGAGACUCGCACAACAAACACCGCGCUCGCUCUCUGUUCCAUAAAGGGCGUGGCAAGAACGGCGCUUCUGAGCCCAGGAGCCGAAGCGUUGGCGGUCGACGCCGUGCGAGCGACGAACCCGACAGGGGCAGAAAGCCGAGAUACGACCCCGAGGGUGGCUCGCUUGGUAUCACAGGUCGCAGUAAGAUUGCUGAGCAGGAGGCUCGCCAGAAGCUCGACGCAUACAACGCCACGAGCUGGAAGAAGCGCAUCGACCGUCACUACGCACAGGGUAAGAACAGCAUGCGGGAUUUGCGCGGUCUCUUCUGGGGCCCCGAUCAUCUUCCCGACGACUUGGAAGAAGCCGAGAGAAUUCUUGAGGUGCCCCAGCGCCCUGCGCUCAUGGCUGCCAUCAUCACCGACCUGCACCUCCUCAUCGACAAGCCUACCUUUCCGAUGAAGGAUCUGCCUGAAUUCAUCCACUCGGUAGGCAAAGGCAUGCCGAAGGACAUGAAGUAUGGUCUGUUGGUCCCCAUGCACGUGAGCAUAGACAUCGGCGAGGCCAGAGUCACUCUUCGUGACUACCCGUUACCCCUGAUCCACAUCCCGGGCCUCAAGCCUGGCCAACCAGCAAGACAGUCUGCCAUGUCGCUCAGGACGAAUUUUGUCAUCGCCGAAGAGUAUCGCGGCAAGAAAUCGACGCGCCACAUCAAGGUCAACAUUAUUCCUCCGCGGACGCUCGAGUCAGAUGCCGGCCAGGAAGGGGGCUUUGCCAUUGAUGUCCGUCGUACAAUCGGACCCAUCAAGUCAUUCUCAGACAUGCGGAUCGACAUCAACACGGCGCUGCCGACGAGAAUUACUUGGGGAGGGCCUUGCUAUCAGCCGGCAAUCCAAGACAUGAUGAUGGUCAUUGAGUCCUUCACCAAGCCGCAGGUGGACCCGUCAGAACGAGUUGGUUUCUGGGAUAAAAUUCGACUCAACUUUCAUUCCAGGAUACACAUUGCUUGGAGAGGCGACGGAGACUUGCACCUCGCUCUCAAGGGAACGCGCGAUCCGUACUGUGUCACAGGCAACGGUGCAGGUUUCAUCAUGUGUUGGCGCAACAACAUUCGUUGGAACGUCAAUGCUGAUGACGACCCCAAACGAUUCAUGACGGUCGACUCUGGAGAAUACGUCUUGGCCAUUCCUGACUACAGCCACCAAGUCAGAGAGUCUAAUCGCCGUACAGGGGACGAGGACAGCAACCUGAUUGAUGACAGCUACAAGAAUGGCAUCACCUUCAAAAAGGUGGUCAUGAAGUUGUCCGGCAAAGUGCAGUGGAUGACUGGGCUAGUGUUCGAGCAAGCCAUCCAAGAAGGUAAGCGGAGUUUUGAUUUCAAGCCGCACUACGACGUGGUACUGCGAGCGCCUCAGCACGCGCAGGGAGAAGAAGAUGGCCUUCCCUACGAUGCCUUCCGCGGCUUCAGGAGCAGCCACAUUCAUCUCUCCAUUGGUGUUCGAGCACCGGGCGACAGGGAUUGGUUGGCGACCAAUCCUGCACCGUCACGCAGUUACAAUGCCGUACACUGUACUCCUCGCUUCUUCACACACUUUUUCGCCUGGUGGUCGCUCUUUGGGGGUCCCAUGUCGCUGCCGAUUCGCCAAGGACCGCUCUGGCCGGGUCGUGAGAGGACAAGCAAGAAAUUUGGCAAGCACCUCGCGACCAUCAAGUACAAUCUCCUGCUGGCGCCCCUGUUUCUCAGUCAUAUCUACAAGCAUAAGGAUGUGGAAGACUACUCCGAAAGUGCGGUAUCUGCAACUGGCCUGAAGGUACGAUUCGAUAGCUUCAUGCUCGAUUUACACCAGCGGCGGGAAGAGUUCAACACGAGGGACCACGGCCGCAAGACGCAGAGCAGAACGAGCGGCAUCAAAAUCCACGCCGCACAGCUUGACCUGGCCAACGCAGACGUUCGUGCCGUCUCGGCUAGCAUACGUGGCACCACGACCGAGGCCAUCAAGAAGGGAACAUUGGCGAACCUCUCAAUCGACCAAGUCGAGACCGCGGAUGUGUCGCGCUUCACGAUCCCCGACAACGACCUGACUUGGAUCGACAUGGACGACUUUGUGGAACUCGACUGGAUCUUGCCUACAGAGCCAAAUCCCGACACGAAGAUUUUGCCUCUGGCCUUCGCGCCUCGGCUUACUUAUUUCCGACAAACAGAUAUCGGUGGCUCCAUCGCAGGCGAUCCUGAUCGAACGAGUCCUUUCGGCGACGAGCCGACCCACUUCUGCAUCAUGAGUCGCGACGAUGACCCGCGGCGUGUGCAGGCGCAUCUCAUCCAGGAACGCCUGGAUCAAUUGGAAGUGCAAAUUGAGGGCCAUGGACGCACUCUCGGCGAAGCCGAGCUGAAGAUGGUACGCGAUGAUGGCGAUAACCCGAUUUACGCGGCGGAUUUCGAGGCACUCCGAAGGCACAGUAGCGUGCUUAGGGACAAGAAGGCGUUCCUCGAAAACAUGGCGCAACAACUGACCAGCAAGUCCCCAACGCAUGGCAAGAUGCCCAAGUUCAAAGGCGAUGCCGCUUCUGAAGCAUCGAUUGAGGUCGACCGCGAGUCCAUGAAGAUCCCUUCGGGGGCCGAGUUCGAGAGCGACGCACAAAACCGCUUCGUCAUUCACAACCUGCACUUCAAGUGGAACAAUUUACUCCGGAACAUUGUUCUCCGCUACACACACCAGGUGAGCCAGCGACGAGGCUUCAUCUACUAUCUCUCGCGCCCGGCCGUCAAGUUCAUCAUCGACAUUGUUGAGGAGCAGUACAAGGCCAAAUUUGGCACCAAGACUGCCAACGGCAAGGCCGCCACGGAUGACAACUCGACAGAUCCUAGCUUCAUGGAUCGCGAGACGCAAGAAGACAUCGAGGAGCGUAUCAAGCGCAUUCUCCAAGACGGACGCAAGUUUGUCAAUGCUGAUCAGACCGACGCCAACGACACGAGCACAAACGUUGCCAUGGAAGAUUUGACCGGAGGCAUCUCGGAAGACUUCCGGGCCCAGAGCAACUACCAUGUCCGGGUCAUUGCGCCUCAAAUCCAGCUGCAGAGUGACAAGAACAAGAAGAAUGUUGUGCUGCUGACGGCCAAGGGCAUGGAACUCAAGGUUGUCGAAAUCAUGGACAAGGAAAGGCUGUCUGACGCGGUCAGCGGUCUAGUGCAACGGCGUAUUCUGGUCUCCAUGGACAGCACACAGUUCUUCGUCACCCACCAGAAGUGGUUCUCGACCCAUCUCGUAUCCAUGUAUGCUGGCAGCCAGUACGGCACGCCAAUAUCGACUUCCUGGCCGCCAUGGGUGCCGAUGGAGGUCAUGUUUGAUUUCCAGACCGACCCAUUCGGCUUCAAGCGCGCUGUGCAGAAGACGUCGGCUAUGCUGCGAUACGACAAGUACAACACGCUGCGUCUGAAGUACAACGACGAGGUCAACACAGCGGAAGGUUCAAACCCCUCCUCGCAACCCAGCACUGAGAGCCGCGUCGACAACCUAUGGGUCGAGUUCCCUCAGGCCAGAGCGCUCUGCAACUCGUCGCAAUACUAUGCAUUGUACGUCAUUGUAUUGGAUCUGUUAAUGUACAGCGAGCCUCUGGAAAAGACACGAAGCGAGAGGCUCGAGAAGAUCAUGCUGGCGUCCGAUUUCAGCGACCUCAGCGGCACGCCUGAGACGGUACAGAAGCUGCAAGAGCGCAUCAGGCAACUCGAGGACAUCAAGUCGCACUUCCAGAUCUACUCCAAGUACCUGGAUCAGCAGGGCUGGGAGGACAGAUUGCUCCUGGAGCGAGAUCUGGCCGCUUGUGAGGAUGAGCUGUUCUUCAUGAUGAAGGCCAUUACGACGUCGCAGAGAAAGUUUGACACGACGGCACAGAGCAACGCACUGCUUCGCUGGAGCAUCACAGCCAGAGACAUUGUGUGGCAGAUGCUGCGCGACACCAACGAGCCGCUCGUGGAGCUGCAGCUGAAGGACGUGGAGUAUGACCGGACGGACCACUCAGACGGCUCACACAUUAACCUCAUCCGUGUCGGCAAGGUAGCGGGCCUCAACCUUCUCCCCGACGCCAUCUACCCGGAGAUGAUCGCGCCCUACGUCGAUGGCGAACGCACGUCGAUGAAUGACAUAAAAAACGACGAGAUGGUGCGGGUGUAUUGGAACAUGCUAGAUUCGAUUGCCGGCAUCCCCGUCAUGGAUCAUUUUGAGGUCAACCUGUUCCCGCUCAAGAUCCAGCUCGAACGAGAGCUCGGCAAGCGCCUAUUCGAAUACAUCUUCCCCGGCAUGGACGGAGACAAGACGCCUGGCGGCAGAAACGACUCGCCGUUCAUGGUCAAACAUAACUACAUGCAGGACGAGAGCGGCGACGAGGAGUCCCUGUCAAACUCGACAACAAGUCGACAGACGCCGUCAGACAAGGACAACUUCAACACGCGGCCCGGCUCGCUCGAGCUGCGCCUGCACCCGACACUGACGUCGGACGCGCCGGCCAAGACGGCAGGAUCUUCCAAGAAGGCCCUGUCAGUCCAUAACGGUAGCGAAGGUCACUCUUUCCGACUGUUCCGCUCCAUGGGCACGGGCAAGACAAUCAACAAGAAGGCAUCGUACGACUCGCUGCGAUCAUCAAACGCGCCCCGGCCUGGCAAUAUUGGGCGCUCGUCUACGGGCACGUCGUUUAGAGACGGCGGCAUCGGAGGCGCAAACGAAAAGAAGUCACGGUUCGGGCUGCUACGUGGCGACAAGGACGACAAGGACGAGAAGCAGUCGGACGACCUCACCAAGAUGAUGACGCGCGCCAGCAACUACAUGACGUUUGCGUUCAUCAAGAUGCCCUCGGUGGUGCUCUGCCUCAGCUACAAGGGCAAAGACAGCCGCAACUUUGAGGACGUGCACAACUUUGUGUUCCGCAUGCCGGCGAUUGAGUGGCGCAACAAGACGUGGUCGAACCUCGACCUCGCGCUGGCGCUGAAGAAGGCCCUUUGCGCCGAUUACAACCAGUUACCAUCAUGCUACCAAUUCGUACCCACGCGACGUCGCAGCACUACGCCGGAAAGCAUGAACAGUGACGACUCGUCGAGCCUCUACGGCACUUCGCCCGGUGGACUUUUCGCGGUCGCCCGCCUCGCUCUCUGCACGGCAGCUCGCACAGCAGCAUCCCCCGGGCCGCGAUCGGCGAGCCGCAGCUCGAGUGUCGCUUCGGCGCGCUCGUAUCGCAACACGAGCGGCGGCAGCAGCGGCAACGGUACCACUCACAACAACGGCACGGGAGGUCUGCCGUUGCCGAGCUUCCUCAUGAUGACGCCGCCCACACCCCAAGACACGAUGGACCCGUCGGACCCGGUGCGCAUCGACUCGCUGCGGCCGAUGACCAGCGGGAGUCUCUCACCGUACGACUCGCCGGGCAGGGGCCGCAGCGAUCAGACGCGCAGGCCGGCGACGCGGGGCAGCACGGGCAGCACGGGCGGUCGGUCGGAUCUGGACCGGCGCAGGACGGCGGGCGGAGGCGGCUUCCUGCGGGACAAGCUCAACGCGCUGACGCACCGCAUGCGGGAGGGGAGCAGCAGCAGCCAGCGGGAGGAGGAGGUCGCGGACGAGGGCAGCGGCAGCGGCAACGGGACGCCCGAGGCGCUCGGCAGGACGGGCAAGCGGCUCAGCUGGGCACCGGGGCGGACCAAGACGGGGUGA